AUGGGUGAUCCAGUGAAUGAUGUUGAUCCGGUAGAGGAGUAUGAAAAUGAAAGCUCUGUUGGGAUUAGCUUAGUAGAGGCCAUAUCUGAUAAUGAUAGAGACACUGCCCAAAAUUCUCAAGCCCCUAAUAUUGUGUCUACUGAGGGCCCUUUCACAGAAGUUCAAACAGUAGCCUAUGAAAGAAAAAAAAGAAAGAGGACUCCUGAUAUUUGGAAGGAUUUUGUUGAAAUUGAUAGCAAUGGGGUUAAACAGCCUCAAUUUGAGUCUAAGGAGGCAGAUGGUGCCUUCACUGUCUCAAACUUUACCUAUGAUCGUAAUAGGGUCCGAAAGCUUGCCUCUCAUAUGAUACUUUACCAUGAAUAUCCAUUCUCUUUAAUGGAACAUGUGAGGCAUGUCUUGAAUUUUUGUAAUGUGCCACCUCCACAUACUGGCCUUCUUAUUGCUGAUGCUUUAGAAAAGUGUUUCCAAAAUUGGGAGAUUGAGAAUAAAAUUAGUUCAAUUACUGUUGACAAUGCUAGUUCUAAUGAUGUUGCCAUUUGGAUCUUGAAAGAUGAUUUUAGAUUGAAGAAAACAUUGUCUGUAAAUGGCCAACUGUUUCAUGUACGUUGUUGUGCACAUAUAACAAAUUUACUUGUACAGUAUGGACUUGGGGAGAUUAGGGAUAUUGUUGAUUGUGUUAGAGAUGGUAUAAAAUAUCUGGUAGCAUCAGAGAGUAGGCUAAAACAGUUUAGUGAAAUUGCAAAACAGUUACAAUUACCCUCAAAGAAACUGAUUUUAGAUAUGCCUACAAGAUGGAAUAGCACUUAUUUAAUGUUGGAUGCUGCAAUUCAGUUUAAAAAAGUUUUUCCUAGAUAUGGUGAUAGAGAUAGAUGUUUUGAAUGGGUUCCAACUAUUGAAGAGUGGGGGCAAGUUGAAAAUAUUUGUCAACUAUUAGCUAUUUUCAAUGAAGUCACCAAUAUUGUAUCUGGAAGUGAUUACCCAACAGCAAACUUAUUUCUUUCUGAAGUUUGGAGAAUGAAUGACAUCUUAGGUAAGAAGAGUAGAGAUGAGAAUGAGUACGUGAAAUCAAUGGCUGCAAAGAAUAUUGAUCAUGUCUCUACUGUGUUGCUUGAGUUAUAUAAUGAGUAUGUUCAUGAAUACAAUUCAACUCUUGAGGCACAAAGAGAGCAGGAUAAUGCUCGAAUGAAUGUAUCUGGUUCUUCCUCAAGUGUUGGGACUAGGAGAAACAUGCAGAGUGGCCAGUCAUUAUUUAAAUCUUUUCUUAGAAGUGUUGAUACCGUGCAGCUUAGUAAAUCAGAACUGGACAAUUAUUUAGAGGAGAUCAUUUAUAUUUGUGAAGAGGGUUCAGAUGCAAGUUUUGAUGCCUUGGAAUGGUGGAAAACAAAUAGUCUCAAGUUUCGAACUUUGUCCAAACUGGCCCGAGAUAUUUUGGCUACUCCAAUUACCACAGUUAGCUCAGAAUCAAUAUUAAGCACAAGAGGCAGAGUCAUUGAUACUCAUAGAGCUUCAUUGAAGACUGAAACUGUCCAAAUGUUGUUAUGUGGGUCUGAUUGGGUUAGAGCACUAUAUGGGCUUAAAAGAUCAUCCACAAAUUCUGUUGUCAUGGUGAUUUUGUUCAAGUUUGGGAACUUGUUGACUUCUGAUAUGGUGAACUCUGAUUUUUUGUUGGCCAUCUAUAUGUUUGUCUGA